AUGGUUUUCCUGCCUGGGCCGCCGGAGGCUAACUUGCUGCCGUUUUUGUUCCUGGGGCUGAGUGCCCUCGCGACUCCUUCGCGGGCCCAGCUGCAGUUGCAGGUGCCGGCGGGCCUCUCCAGGUUGCAGGCGGUAGAGGGAGCGCAAGUGGUGCUGCCGGCGUGGUAUACCCUGAAAGGGGAGUUGCCUUUGGCUCAGCCAGGGGAGGUGCCUUUGGUGAUCUGGUUCUUGGAACAGGAAGGGAAGGAUCUGAAACAGGUGUUGGCAUACAACAAUGGGGUCCUGUCAAGCAUUCCUCGAGCAUCUCUGGUCUACUCCAUGCCCUCUCGGAAUGUGUCUCUUCGUCUGCUGGACCUCCAAGAAGAAGAUUCUGGGUCUUACCGUUGUUCUGUGAAUGUGUAUGAGGGUCAACUCUUAAGUAGGGGCCACAGCAGCACAAGUUUAGAACUCAAUGUGUUGGUUCCUCCAGCUCCUCCAUCCUGCCAUCUCCUGGGCUUGCCCCGUGUGGGGAGCAACGUGACCUUGAGCUGCCAGUCUCCAAGGAGUAAGCCUGCUGCUCAAUACCAGUGGGAGCGGCUGCCUCCAUCCUCCCAGGUUUUUUUUGCACCCAUUUUAGAUGUUAUCCGUGGGUCCUUAAGUCUUACAAACCUGUCCGUUUCCAUGUCUGGAGUCUAUGUCUGCACAGCCCAUAAUAAGGCAGGCAGUGCCCAGUGCAACGUCACCCUGGAAGUGAGCACAGGGCCUGGGCCUGUAGUGGUUGCUGGAGCUGUUGUGGGCACUCUGGUUGGAUUGGGACUGCUGGUUGGGCUGUUCCUCUUGUACCAACGUUGGAGCAAGGCCCUAGAGGAGCCAGCCAAUGAUAUCAAGGAGGAUGCCAUCGCUCCCCGGACCCUGCCUUGGCCCAAGGGCUCAGAUACAAUCUCCAAGAAUGGGACUCUUUCUUCUGUCACCUCAGCACGAGCCCUCCGACGAUCUCAAGGCCUUCCAAGACCUGGCACAUUAACUCCCACACCCAACCUCUACACCCAAGCCCUACCUUCACCAAGGCUGCCCAGGACAGAUGAGGACCAUUCUCAGCCAAUAGCAUCCAACCCUGGUGGGGUUUCUUCCUCUGCACUGAGCCGCAUGGGUGCUGUGCCCAUUAUGAUGCCUGCCCAGAGUCAGACUGGGUCUCUGGUGUGA